UUUAUCUCUGGGAGGCGGUAGUUUCCGGUUUGUCACUUCCCUACCGUGAAUGUUUUCUUCGGUGAGCUAAGUGGUGGAUAAGAUGUAUGGGUGGAUCUAAAAUUAAUUUCAUAUUGUAAAUAUUUUUUCAAUUUCCCAGUAGUUUUGCUUUAUUUUAUAACCUUUUUAGAAAUAUUUUGCUGCACCAAUGCUUAAUUUACAAGACGGCACGGAAGAUUCUGUACUGACAGGCAGCGAUUCUGCUAAGAAUCGCUCCGACACAGUUGAUCUUUCAGAUCAGUCUCUCGUAGUAGAUAUUUCUGAUGCAUUAAGUGAGAGAGAUAAAGUUAAAUUUACCGUCCAUACAAAGACUACUUUACCAGUAUUUGCUAAACCUGAUUUCUCGGUGGUUAGACAACAUGAAGAAUUUGUGUGGUUACAUAAUUCCUUUGAAGAGAAUGAAAAAUAUGCUGGCUUUACGAUACCUCCUGCUCCACCGUGCCCAGAUUUUGAUGCUUCACGAGAAAAGUUACACAAGCUGAGUGAAGGAGAAGGGACCAUGACCAAAGAGGAAUUUCUCAAGAUGAAACAAGAACUUGAAAUGGAGUAUCUUGCUACUUUUAAAAAAACAGUGGCAAUGCAUGAGGUUUUUCUUCAACGUCUGGCAUGUCAUCCUAUUUUUAGGAAUGAUAGUAAUCUUAAAGUUUUCUUAGAGUAUGAAGAAGAUCUCAAUGUCAGAGGAAAGAACAAAAGAGAGAUAUUGUCAGAUCUUUUUAGUAACCUGGGAAAAUCUGCUGAUGAUUUGUUGCUCUCAACCACCCAAAAGGAUGUUGAUGAGUUUUUUGAGCAUGAAAGAUCAUUUUUAAUUGACUAUCACAGUCACAUUAAAAAUGCAACAGCUAGGGCUGAUAAGAUGACUCAAUCGCAUAAGAGUGUUGCUGAUACUUACAUAAAAAUAUCAUCCUCUCUUGUUCAAUUGGCUACUAUAGAUGGUUCAGAAUUAGAAAAGUACUCCAUUCUGACCAAACAACCAACUGACAAAAGCAUGCACAAGCAGAAUGAGAAAUUGAUUGAUUACUCUUUGAACAUGCUGAGGUUUUUCAGUAAAGUUUCUGACACCUUUGAAAAAGCUAGAAAAGUGGAAGGUCGAGUGGCAACAGAUGAAGAUCUAAAAUUGUCUGACACAUUGCGUUACUACAUGAGAGACACAGCAGCAGCAAAAAAUCUUCUCUAUCGAAGACUUAGGUGCUUAGCCAAUUAUGAAGCUGCAAAUAGAAAUUUAGAAAAAGCAAGAGCAAAAAAUAAAGACGUCCACCUGGCUGAAACAGCUCAACAGGAGGCCUGUGAUCGUUUUGAAGCCAUAUCGAAACAAGCAAAACAAGAGCUGCAAGACUUUAAAAUACGUAGAGUUGCUGCCUUCAAGCGAAAUUUAGUGGAACUUGCUGAAUUAGAAAUAAAACAUGCUAAGGCCCAGGCCCAACUUCUUAAGAAUUGCCUUCUUUCACUGAAGGAAGAAAGUCUAUAAGGAAGAUCUUCUGCAUUUCAAUAAUACUUGACGCCUUGUGCUGCCAUACAUGGGGUGCAGCGAACACUUCCUACUAAAAUAAAGGCAGCCUUUUGUGAUUAAAGGACUGAUUUUUUCCAAAAAAGUUUUAUAUUAUAUAAGAAUUGUUCUAUAUUUGUUAUUUAAUUUUAGUAAAAAUAAAAUGCUUUUGCAUAACUAUGCACACAUUAGUACUAUUACCUUGAUUCCAUCAUCUUUAAAGAAUGUGAAACAUUCCAAAUAUUUGUAUGCAUAUGAAUAUAUAUUGUUUUAGUUAACCAAAAAUGUAUGUUUAUUGAGUUUGUUACUGAUUUUGCUGAAUGAAUCAAAGAACAAAUCAAAUUAUUAUGUUGUAAAAUGUGUAAAAAAUGAUGCAUAUUUAUAGUUUUUUGGUUUUAAAAAAGUAAUUCAACUUUUUUUCUGACAGUAUUUAAUUUGUUAUGUUCUAUAGUCUGUCUUCAUCUUUUUCACCAAAGAGUUUUGAAUACGUUGAAUUUUGUGCCAACCACAGUAUUUAAAGCUUAUAAUUUUAUGAGUUCUUGAAAUAUGACAUAUUUUCCGUGGUGAACAAAAGCUGUUUUUAAUAAAGAUCACAGCUGCCAAUUCUGUAUACAGUUGAGAGGUUAACUUUGAAAAAAAUUCUAGUGUACUAGGAAGGGCCAGUAAAUUUAAAACAUUUUACAUCUUUUAAUGCUUGUGCAAAAAAAAAGUCAUUUAAAAAAAUCUGCAAACUCUUAUAACUGAAUUUAUAUUUUCAGUUGCCUUACUCAGCUUAAAGUUAAGAAGAUUUGACCGAAAAAGUUUAAAAUUUUAGAAUUUUUUUAUUUGAUUGCAGUAGUGCCUAAAAGUUAAAAUUUCCUAAAGAAAAUUUUAUCAGUACAAAAUAUAACUCACUAUAUUCUACCAGGCAAGAAAUACUUCAGACUUUUGGUGAAAUUUACAUCUUUCUAAACUUUAGAAGAAUUCUUAAUAUUUCUACAUUUUUUGUUGUUUUACAUUAUUAUUUUAAUCAUGAUUUAUAUAUUUAUAAAUCUUAACAGUUGGAUAGUUAAAUUACACAUACAGUGAUAAAAAAAACUUUAAAUAAGUAUGUAACUGAUUAAAAUGUUUAUUUUUGUGUAUAAUGGUUUGACACGCUCUUCUAUACAUUUUUUUAUGAUUAGAGUUGAUAACACUUUUCAGACUUUUUGUUCUUUUUCCCACUCCUUCUGCUGGUAAUGAAAUUUGAUUGGCGAAAAAAGACUAGACUAAACAUUGGUGGCAUUGAGGUGGCAAAAGUUGAGUUAGUUCUAAAAUUUUUGGUUUAAAUUCUUCAGCUUCUUGUCCUAUGAUUUAGAAGAUAUCAAUUUAUAGUUAUAAGAUUUUGUAUGCUUCUUAAUUAUGGUAGUUGACAAUUUUUCCACGCUUUGAAAAGAAGACCUAAGACACUUAAACUUUUUCAGGCCACCCUAUGCAUACAUGCAAAAUAAUUUCAGAAAUUUAAUAAUUCAGUUGCUUACGUAUUUUCACAGUAAGAUAUUAUGUAACUGGGGGGAAAAAAAGCCAUAUUUUAUGUGAAUUUAUUGGAGGUUGGCAGCUACAUAAAGAAGUUAUAGUUUUAUUAGUAUAUUUUAUUUUCACCUUUAACUGCAACUGUUACAAGUAUUGCACUGCAAUUUGUUUUUUGAGAAUAAAAUUCAUUAAAUCAAACCAAUGGAUGAUUUUGUUCCAUUUUUUUAUUAUUAUUAUUUUAUUUCUUCGUAAUUACCUUUCAGUCAUGAUUUUUUCUGAUUAUUUUAAAUAGGAUUGUUUUUUUGUAUAAUGUGUGCUCUCUUGUAAUUACAAAAUUGUUACAUGUCAUCUUUUCAUUAAACAUAUUUCAGAAA